GUUUCAAAUUAUCUAAUUACUGAAGCAUGUCAUUAUGCGUGCAUUAAUGGUCCAGGAGCAAAUGUAGUAAUGAGUUUUUAUAAAACAGACAGUGCCACUGGAUUACCUAUACAUUAUCUAAAAGAUAGCAAAGAGGCAUUGUGGGAGCGAUUUUAUGAAGAGUAUCCUGAUGGUGCUAAAAGAACAACGUUUUAUAAAUAUUUAGAAGGUGAGCUUGAUGAAAAAGGUGCU